AUGAGUUCCAAGGACGUGGAUGUCGCUGUCGCCACCUGUCCAGGAGCGGAUGUUGAACAACCCAAACAACCCCACGGAUACGAUGACGCCAUCAACAUAUUCAACGGGGAGUCAGGAGAGAUAGAUGUCGAGUUUACGGACAAGGAAGCCUCUGUCGUUCGCUGGAAGAUUGACUUAAUCAUUGUCCCGAUGGUAACUGCGAUGGAACAUCUGGCCUGUGGUAUUCUAUCUACUGCUGCCGUUUAUGGACUGAGGACAGAUCUGAACUUGAAGGGCCAACAGUAUAGCUGGACAUCGUCGAUCUUCUAUUUUGGGUAUCUUUUCUGGCAAUACCCAAAUUCGAUCUUCAUGCAAAAGCUUCCUAUCGGCAAGUGGAUAGGAUCCAUGAUCUUUAUGUGGGGACUUUGUGUCGCAACAACUGCCGCGUCGACUAAUUUCGCAACACUCGCUGUGAAUCGGUUCUUCUUGGGCCUCUUCGAGGCUUCCAACAACCCUGCAUUUACGCUAUUGGUCAGUCAAUACUUCACGAAGAAUGAGCAUGCCCUACGAUCAUGCAUUUGGUGGGCUGGUGGACCAAUUGGUGCCUUUAUCGGUGAUGGUGUCUCGAAUGGUAUCGGCCAUGUGCAUGGGAAACUGUCCCAAUGGCAGUAUCUAUAUCUUAUCUUUGGUCCUAUCACUAUGCUGUGGGGAAUUAUAGUCUUUUUCGCCAUGCCCUCCUCACCCAUGUCGGCGUGGUUCUUGACGCCUCGGGAGAGGAAGAUUGCUGUGGUUCGGGUGCUCCACAAUCACGCGGGCCUUCAGAACCGACAAUACAAAGUUUAUCAAGUCAAGGAAGCCCUUCGCGAUCCUCAGGCGUGGAUGCUGUUCUCCAUUGUAUUCUUACAGUGUAUACCCGGAGGCGGGUUGAACGCGUUUAACAAGAUUAUUCUCACGGGCCUUGGUUUCUCAAGUGUCGAAUCCACUGUUGUCGCUAUGCCAGAACAUGCCGUUCAACUUGUCAGCGUGUUACUUGCAGCAGCUCUGCCGACCGAUCGGAAAAUGUCUCGCCUGGGAGCUGUAUAUUCACUGUUGACUUGUACGGUGUCCUAUAUAAUGUGCAUGUCCAUGAUAUCGUCCAACAUCGCGGGAUUCACCAAGAAAAUGACCGUCAGUGUUAUGAUUUUUGUCGGCUACUGUGUGGGUCAGAUUAUCACACCGCAAUUUUUUCUAUCGAAGGAAGCACCAACCUAUCCUACUGGGUUCCGUGCAUAUUUCGUUACAUCGUCCAUGAUGAUCGUAGUUGAAGCGGCCCUAAUGUUCUAUCUGCUUAAUGAAAACAAGCGUCGGGAUAAAUGUGCGCUUGAGUCAGGGGUGCCCCAGGAUACCAACGAGCAUCGUAUUGUCGAGACGGAUCUAUUAGAUCUGACUGAUUGGGAGCGGACUCAAUUCAGAUAUGCCUGGUAGCCGGAGGGUCAGUGUGCACUGUUUCAUGAAAGUCUGCAUUCUGUUCGCAUUCAUCCUGUGUGUCCCAUACAUUGCCUUUCGCCAUAUGUCAGAUCGAAAAACACAGCAGGCAUAUAAGCGAACUCUGGGAUACCUUGUGUCAUACCUAUUCUGCUGCUAUAUGUGUAAUAUAAGCUACGACAUGAUGGAGAAGCCGACGAUCUAUAUGAUUAUGACUUGAUUGAACCUCUCUCCUACAUACCUAUCUUACUGCUUCAGACGGGCUUAAUGCCCAUAUCCCUAGUUAUGUCUGGGACUUGAGCUACCGUUCAUUGAGCUCCUUGGGACUGGUAUCUUGAACCAAGAGAUAUAAGAAAUGGACCAUAAGAUCAACCAUCCUGACUUCGUUAGAGAAAGCUUAUCCUCGGGGAAGUAUUAUCUCGUUCACGGUGGCGGAACUGACCUGAUUGAAUCUCGCAAAGAUACCUAAGGACCAAAAACUGUCAUCAAACUUUCGCAGCUUGGAGAACUGAACCUGAAUUUCAAGCGCACAGUCAGAUCCACUCCAGGCUUCUUACACUUGAAAACCCAAUCUCUGCUAUGAGAACUGUAUAUGUCAGUCAACCACCCAACUCUAGCUAACCAGAAAGUUGCAGCAGUGGAGUACCAUGUACAACAACCUGAACAGAGUAACCAGGUCCCGCUA